AUGUCUGAGAUCCCCCUGCAUAGCUUUGGACGAGCCAGAAAGUCACGAGCCGGAUACGCGCCCCUCCCUAACGGUGAAUCAAGUGGCCGCAGCGACCUCGACAGUGACUCUAUGCCUCUUACUACAAGAGUGGCCGCAGCGACCUCGGCCAGGCGGAAAGGAAAGCGACGGGAGAGAUAUGACUCUGAAAAUCCCGAGGAGGAGGAGACGUUACUCGGUCAUGAUCCACAAGAAGGAGACGGUACAUAUCCCGAGGAUGAAACAGAAGCGAGUGUCACGCAUCAGCCGGAUACUCCAUCUCAGGUGCGUGUACCACCUGUUAUUCGUGAAGAAAUGUCCGCCAAUGAUAAAUCUAGGACUGUGCCGUUUCGACCUCCAGAUAAGCCCCGAAGCAAGUUCCCGCCCAACAUUGUUCGGAAUCAAAAGUACAAUGCAUUCACGUUCCUCCCAAUCGUGUUCUAUGAGCAGUUCAAGUUCUUCUUCAAUCUGUAUUUCCUCCUAGUUGCACUUUCCCAAUUUGUCCCGGCGCUGAAGAUAGGGUUUAUUGCGACGUACAUUGCUCCUCUUGCCUUUGUCCUGUGCGUUACGAUGGGAAAGGAGGCCUAUGAUGAUUACAAACGAAAUCUCCGCGACCGCGAGGCAAACUCCGCACGAUAUCUGGUCUUUGGAUCUAACCAUGCCGCGUCCGCAAGAUCUACUAGGAAUCGUGACGAUGAUAGCUCACACACGAGGUCUGUUCCAUCGUCAGCUUUGCGCGUAGGCGAUUUUGUCUUGCUUGAGAAGAACCAGCGUGUUCCGGCAGACCUGGUUUUGCUGCGCACGUCUGACCAGUCAGGGACGUGCUUCAUCCGUACCGACCAACUUGAUGGGGAAACUGACUGGAAGCUCCGAGUGGCAGUACCAGCAACCCAGAAGGCCCCAAAUGAGAGAGAAUUGCUUAGUCUUAAUGCUGAGAUCUAUGCGGACGCGCCUAUGAAAGAUAUUCAUACAUUUAUCGGCACAUUCACCAUUAACUCACCGCCAUCAUCAACAAACGAUGUUCCUAUGGUCCAGGUUCCCACCGUGGAACCCCUCACCGCUGAAAAUGUAUUGUGGGCAAAUACAGUACUGGCGGCGGGCUCAGCGGUAGGUUUUGUCAUCUACACCGGUGCGGAAACUAGGGCCGUCAUGAAUACCAGCCACCCGGAAACGAAGGUUGGUCUGCUUGAUCUGGAAAUUAAUCGAUUAGCAAAGAUUCUUUGUGCUGUGACGUUUGCUCUAUCUUUCGCGCUGGUGGCUUUGAAUGGCUUCCGGGGAUUGUGGUAUAUCUAUAUCUUUCGUUUUCUCAUCUUAUUCUCGUCUAUUAUACCCAUAAGUCUGCGUGUGAACCUUGACAUGGGAAAGACAGUCUACGCGCAACAGAUUAUGACCGACAAAGAGAUACCCCACACUAUUGUGCGAACAAGUACCCUACCUGAAGAGUUAGGGCGCAUAGAAUACCUCCUCAGCGACAAGACUGGUACAUUGACGCAGAAUGAGAUGGAGAUGAAGAAAUUACAUAUGGGCACAGUAUCUUACGGAUAUGACUCUAUGGAUGAAGUUGCGCACCAAUUGGCCGUGGCUUUCGGUGCAAGUGCCGAACAGACUCACCAUAGAAUGGGCUCCACUGCAACUGGUGCACAACUUGCUACACGAGGACGGAGAGACAUGUCGUCUCGCGUGCACGAUGCCGUGCUCAGCCUUGGGCUAUGUCAUAAUGUUACUCCGGUCACUAAUGACGAUGGAACUGUCACAUACCAAGCUUCUUCCCCCGACGAAGUGGCUAUUGUUAAAUGGACGGAGUCUGUUGGACUUACACUCACAUUCCGAGAUCGAACGCGCAUUCAGUUGCAGACGCCUUCCGGUGCACGGAUCUCCUUUGAUGUCCUCGACAUUUUCCCCUUCACCUCGGAAUCAAAGCGCAUGGGUAUUGUUGUCCGUGAUGCCCAGUCUGGCGAGAUCACGUUCCUGCAAAAGGGUGCGGAUGUCGUUAUGGCACGCAUUGUCCAGCGAAACGACUGGCUCGAAGAGGAAUGCGCGAACAUGGCUCGCGAAGGCCUGCGUACCCUUGUCAUGGCACGGAGGCGUCUCAGUGAGCAAUCGUAUGCGUUGUUCAAGGAGCGAUAUCACCAAGCCAGCGUCCGACUCGAGGGCAGGAACGAAGCGAUGGCCGGAGUUGUCUCUGAUUUGCUAGAGCGCGACAUGGAGUUGCUUGGUUUGACUGGGGUCGAAGACAAGCUACAAGACGAGGUCAAGUCGACCCUCGAGUUACUUCGCAACGCCGGGAUCAAAAUCUGGAUGCUCACUGGCGAUAAGAUUGAGACAGCAACUUGCAUUGCAAUUUCUACAAAACUGGUUGCUCGAAAUCAGUACAUACACCAGGUCGCGAAGCUGAAGACGUCCGACGAAGUGCGAGAUGAGUUGGAGUUCUUGCAGAACAAGCUGGAUUGUUGCCUCGUCAUUGACGGAGAAUCGCUGCAGCUGUGUCUCAACUUGUUUCAGAACGAAUUUAUUGAGAUCGCGACCAAGUUGUCUGCUGUUGUUGCAUGCCGAUGUUCUCCUACCCAGAAAGCAGAUGUCGCGCGGCUCAUACGCAAACACACUAGAAAGCGUGUUUGCUGUAUAGGAGAUGGAGGGAAUGAUGUGAGCAUGAUACAAGCUGCGGACGUUGGCGUCGGCAUCGUCGGGAAAGAGGGGAAGCAGGCCUCCCUUGCUGCGGACUUCUCCGUCACCCAAUUCAGCCAUCUCACAAAGCUCCUGCUUUGGCACGGCCGCAACUCGUACCGUCGCUCAGCAAAGCUUGCGCAAUUCGUAAUUCACCGCGGACUGAUCAUCUCCGUCAUGCAAGCGGUGUUCUCUGCAAUAUUCUAUUUUGCGCCGAUAGCGUUGUAUCAGGGUUGGCUCAUGGUCGGCUAUGCCACUGUAUAUACCAUGGCUCCGGUCUUCUCGCUCGUACUGGAUCGGGACGUCAGCGAAGAUCUUGCAUUACUUUAUCCCGAAUUAUACAAGGAGCUUACCAAGGGCCGAAUAUUGUCGUUCAAGACCUUCUUCAUGUGGCUCAUGAUCAGCGUAUACCAGGGUGCCGCGAUUAUGAUCAUGUCACUGGUUCUCUUUGAGAAUGAGUUCCUGAACAUUGUGUCGAUCUCGUUUACCGCACUGAUUCUGAACGAACUGAUCAUGGUGGCGCUGGAGAUUACGACAUGGCACAUCUACAUGGUAAUCUCAGAAGUCGUGACCCUUUUCUUCUACGUGAUCAGCAUAGCCUUCUUGCCGGAAUACUUUGAUCUUUCCUUCGUGGUGUCAAUCCGGUUCGCAUGGAAGGUGGCCGUGAUCGUCGCGAUCAGUGCAUUCCCACUAUACAUCAUAAAGCUUAUUCGUAGCCGAAUUGCACCGGCGGUGUCUAGCAAAUUACUAUAA